GUAAAAUUAAGAUUAGUACGGGGGCGUUGCUUGUAGUUUGUGGUUUGUUGAGUGAGUCAUGAGUGUAUGAUAUCAUAUCGGUGGUAGUGGGUGGGCCUGGCUCGCAGCUCGCAGCUCGCAGCUCGCAGAGACGCAAACACAACAAACAAAACCAACUGAAGCGAAGCCAAGUGAAAGAAGAGCAGAGAAAGUGUGAUGGCAAGAGGAGCCAUGGAAAACUCUUCUUCAGCUUCUGCGGACAAGAUUGAAGAAGAGGUUGCCGCCGUCGUUGAAGAAGCCAAGGAGAUAUCCGACGCCGUUUCGUCUCACAUCUCACGGAAUCUUAGCGACGAGCAGCCCCUUCGCCAGCGCGUCCUCGCCCUCGACUCCAAAAUCCAUUCCCUUCGUUCCUCUCUCUAUUCCCUUCUCUCCCACAAGCAUCUCAAUCCCAACCUCGCCGACAAGCUCGAUGAAGAUUUGCAGCGAGCCAGGUGCAUCCUCGUUGAUGGUGACGCCUCUUCGCUCCUUCCUGGCCAUGCUCAAGGACGCUUUUUGAGGAUGUUUUUGGGUCCUAUCAAUGUUCGUGCUUCUAGGAAGGAUGUGCAGCUCAAGGUCAAAGAGGAAUACAACAGUUACAGAGAUAGAACUGCAUUGCUAUUCCUGCUUUUUCCUGCAAUGCUUCUUGUUUUAAGAUCUUGGAUCUGGGAUGGAUGCUUGCCAGCUUUCCCGGUUCAGGUUUAUCAGGCCUGGCUGCUAUUCCUGUACACUGGCUUGGCAUUACGAGAAAACAUUUUGAGGGUUAAUGGAAGUGAUAUUCGUCCAUGGUGGAUAUAUCAUCAUUAUAUUGCUAUGCUAAUGGCUCUCGUGAGUCUCACUUGGGAAAUUAAAGGACAACCAGAUUGUGCAAAAACACAGAGAGGUGUGCAACUUUUCCUACAGUGGGCUAUGAUGCAGGGAGUUGCAAUGCUUCUACAAAACAGAUAUCAGCGUCAGAGACUUUAUACUCGAAUUGCAUUAGGAAAGGCUAAGAGGAUGGAUGUUGUUUGGGGAGAAACAGCUGGUGUGGAUGGCCAACUGUGGCUGUUGUGUCCUAUACUUUUCAUAUUGCAGGGAUUUGAGGCAUAUGUUGGACUAUUGUUGCUCCAGACUGCAUUUGUUGGGGUUAUUUCCGAGUGGCAGGUAAUAUUUUGUGGUAUCCUGUUGGUCUUGAUGGCCAUUGGGAACUUUACAAAUACGGUACAGAUUCUUAUGACAAAAUCAAGAUUUAAGGCAAAGAUGAGAAGAAGCAAGAGCAAGCAGGCAUUGAAUUAGCGCAGUUGUGAAUUUCUUGUGCAUUCAUACGAUCAGGAUUUUUUGCAGUCGUUUCAGUUUUGACCACAAUUCAAGCUAGUGAUAGUUUUUGGCUGUGUUUUAGCAUCAAUCAUCUAGUGUGUCCAAGCAUAAAGCAUAAAUUUGGGUUAAAAUCACAAUGUCCUGCAUACUUGUCACCGCGGAUGUGAUAACUGAAUCUUUUGGUCACAAUAUAAUCUAUUUAGAGUUGGGAAAAUUCAGUGAAGUAAUACCAUGUCAUAACUCAUGUGAGAGUAGUCCAGGAUUUUGACAGAUGGCAAGUUAGGGUCCUCUUCAGUUUGUUUCCGUAUUUCUCUUUUUCUUCUCUGGGGCUUUAGUUUAUUUUAAUUGAAAUGCUUUUGUAUGUUUA